AUGGACGCCGCCGCCCACCUAAAACGACAUGGCUGGCGCGGCCACGGACACUCGCUCGACAAGCACGACCGCGGAAUCAAGAAGCCGCUCCUAAUCUCCCAAAAAGCCGAUCUUUUGGGUGUCGGCAAGAAAAAAACCCUCGUCGCCGACCAAUGGUGGAUGCGAGCCUUUGACGAGAGCCUCAAGGAACUCGGAACGGGCAAGCAGACGGCACUCGACCAGAUCCAGGCCAACGGCGUCGCGAGGGGCGGGCUGUACGGGUUCUUCGUGAGGGGAGAGGGAUUAUCGGGAACCAUCAGCGAGGUCGACACGCCGGAGCUUACGUCUGGGGCGAUGUCGCCUGUUGGUGCUAGCGAUGCGCAAAACGCGCCUGGGCCUGUUGUGGCGCCGAAAUCGAAGAAGGCGGCGAAGCCUGCUAAUGUCGAGAUGACGAAUGGCGAGGAAGCUGCGCCGACAAAGAAGCGGAAGCGGGAGGAGACAAGGGAGGAGAUACGUGAGCGGCGCAAGAAGGAGAGACGGGAGAAGGAGAGGGUCAAUGUGGCGUUGAAGCGGGAGAGGGCUGCUGCGGAGGGCACGCUGGAUUUAACGUCUGAAGGGGAGAAAGCGCGGGCACAGAAAAUGGUCGAGCAGGCCGGCGAAUUGCUCAAGAAGGUUGCGGCGGCGAGCGGUAAUAAUACAGAGGUAUCGAAAGACGCACCUCCUGCACGAAGGUCGUCCAUGGAGCAUGUUAAUGCUGAUCGCAUGGCAAUGAUGAGUGGAACCAAAGCACCACCUGCGGUCCGUCCUUACAACGCCGGCGGCAUGAAGUCCUACAAAGCCGCGAAAUACGAGCGAGGCAAGCAACUACGCGAAGCCAAGAGGGCGGAGAAGGCUAGGCUAGCAGCCCUACAGAAUCUCCAAGGGGUCAAGCCUCCCACAGGACAAGCGGAGCCUACAGAAGAGCAAGCCGAAGGGAAGGGUGCAGAGAGAAACGCAGUCGAAGACGCGUUCAAGGGAAAGAAGGGGACUAAAAAAGCAGCCAAAGAAAAGAAGAAGAAGGCCAAGGACCCAGUUCUCAAAGCUGAGGAAGAAGCCGCAAAAGCCGCGCGUCGAGUCGAGAAGCUAGCCCUCAGAGCAAAGCGGCGAGCGGAGAAGAAGGAGAUCCUCGAGAAGCUGAAGGCUGCUGGGGCUGGGGAUGGACCUGGAGACUUCGCAAACGGGACCGACGAGAUCAAGCUCGUUGUUGAGGACGCCGCCACCAGACGGAUGCGCAUGCGUGAAGGAAAGAAGCGGAUGCAGGCAAUCCGGAAGGAAGCAAGACUCGCGAAGGAACUCGAGAAGAAACGCGAGGCCAAGAAGCGGAAGCUCGAGGCGGCCGCAGAAGCAAUGAAAGCUGUGCAGGCCGCAGAGACAGCAUUGACGGCGGUGGCCGCUCCGGUACAGCCAAAGCCGCUGUCGGAAGAGAAGAAGGUGAAAUACGCUGCUCGUGCGGCUGAGAAGGGCAUGACGCUCGAAGCGUACAUCACCCACCGUGCCGCAAAGAAGACUCCGAACUCCGCCCCUGCCGCACCUCCCGCCACCGACAUCUUCUUCGUCGACACAACCGGGAACCCAGACGUCCUCAAACCCCCCACCACCGUCACCACCGGUACUGAACCCGAGAAGCAAGCAGCAACCCUUACCCAAGCCGAGCGCAAUGCCCAGCGGAAAGCUCUUUCCGCCGAGAAGCGCCAGACGAAGAAGGACCGCAAAGCGAAGCGCAUGGAGCAGAAGAUGGCGAAGCAGCGGCAACUCACGGCGCAGCUGCUGCGGGAGGGUAAGGUCGGCCCGAACGCAAAACCGCAGGAGAUUGUCAAGGCGAGGAGGGAGGCGAAGAAGAGGUUGAAGAAGGAGAGGAAGGAGGAGAAGAGGGGGAAGAGGAGGAAGCCUGAGAGGAGAUAA